AUGAUCAAGGCCGCUGCGUGGGCGCUCACGACGCUGCUGACGGCCAUGUUCGCGUCCGGGGUGGCGCCGCUCAUGCCGCCGGCCGUCGGCGUCCUCGUCUUCAUCUGCCUCCGGGACGUCGAUCAGGUCCGCGGCGGGGAAGGCGGCUGCGGAAUCAACAUGGACCGGCAGUAUUGCGCGCUUGCCAAGGUGGGUUUCGCCGUGCUGACGUGCAACUCGGCGGUCGACGCCUACGACACCCGGCGUGACCCGGGCUCGGCGGCGUUGAUGCUCGUGUCCUACGCGAUCCUUGUGAUCCUGAUUGGCCUUUUCCUCCGUGCAUUCGCUCGCGGUCACGGUGGCGAGCACGGGCAGGGGCAGGGGCAGGGUGCAGGGUGCCCCUACUGA